AUGUUGCGAAUGUGCCAGGCCUCUGGUUUAUCACCCUUGGAGAACAUUGUUCAGUUUGGUUCUGCUGCUGUCAUUAUCUUCGAACACUCCUUCUACGUUUUUGACAGGCGGCGCUAUCUUCAAGACAAGCAAACCUGUGAUCCCUCUUUUUAUGUCGGUCUGGAGCAGUACAUCGCGUCUCCGCAUGCAGCUGCUGUAACGGAAGCUGUGAGCGCUGCCGUCCAGGCGUAUCAAGAAACUGUGGCUACUGCUUCCCGCACAUAUGAAGACGCUGUGGCUACUGCUUCCCGCGCAUAUGAAGAAGCUGUGAGGACUGCUGUCUAUCCAUAUGAAGGAAAUUCGCCUGCUUGGACGGCAAAGUUACCGUUUAAACCCUUGAAGAGGAGGGCAAAAGCGGCAAAAGCAGCUUUCGAACGCUCUAAGGAGGAGGAGAAAGCAGCUUUCGAACGCUCUAAGGAGGAGGAGAAAGAAUCUGUUGAACGCUCCGAGAAGAACGAGAAAGAAUCCUCGUGCUAUCGGGCGAAGGAAGAGUUAAUAAAGGCUGUUGUUCGAAUCACUUUAAAUCAUCGCCUGCCGAGACCUUAA